AUAGGUCGUCACGUUAGAGGCUCAAGUUGAGGUACCCUUUCUCCUAUCUCCGGCGGGGCAUGCGGUCAUCCUCGUGCCGUUUUCACCAUGUCAGAAGGCUCGGAACGGUUCCGCGACGACGCAAAAUUAUUCGACAACACUGCAAAUGCCAUCCACCAAGAUACAAUCGCAUAAGCCGAUACACACAUAACCACCAGCACUUACACGUACCUCUUCCAAUCCAACUCCCAUCCAUCGCACCUUGCCGCAUACCCCACCUUUGCAGUCGGCAUCUUAGUAAGGAUCCGCCAAGAGACCUUGCAGAUCCCUGUCACAGGCUCGGACAGCCCACCUAAAGCGAUCCAAAGCAUGUCACAUAUCAGUCAUCUCCGCCCUACCCUUUUGCGGCGUAUAUAGCUUCCCAUGUGCGCCCCUCCCAAUGUUCGACGCGGACUCUCGAAUCGACACUCCUCCCCAUAAUGGCGCAAAUGGCUAGGAUACGGGCGGGUCCGGCCGCGCUGCGACUGCGACGGGCGGCUGGUGGCGAUCAGCUAUUACGACCGCUUGCACACCCGGCUACGCGACUGUCGAUAGGAGCAUUAUGGAAGAGAAGCAUUGCGACGAAUGCGGCUGUUCAGGAGCCUGAUGUGAAUUUCCCCGCGGGUGUUCCUCCAGUUUCGGUGCCGGCGACGUCGAAGGUAGAUGAGAGGAGGAAAGCGAUCAAGAAUGCGAAACCUUUUUCGGAUUUCUUGACGGAUACAUUCAACAGGCAGCAUGACUAUCUCCGGAUUAGCAUCACAGAGCGCUGCAAUCUGCGGUGUCUGUACUGCAUGCCAGAGGAGGGGAUACCGCUAUCGCCGUCAGCCAACAUGCUCACCACGCCCGAGAUCUUCUACCUCUCCUCCCUCUUCGUCUCGCAAGGCGUCACCAAGAUCCGGCUCACAGGCGGCGAGCCCACGGUCCGUCGCGACAUCGUCCCGCUGAUGCAGCAAAUCGGCAGUCUGCGCCCGAAAGGCCUGCGCGAACUCGCCCUCACGACCAACGGCAUAUCGCUACACCGGAAACUAGACGCAAUGGUAGAAGCCGGUCUGACCGGCGUCAACCUCAGUCUGGACACACUCGACCCCUUCCAGUUCCAGAUCAUGACCCGGCGGAAAGGUUUUGACGCCGUCAUGAGGUCCAUCGACCGCAUACUAGAAAUGAACAAACUCGGCGCGAACGUCAAACUCAAAGUCAACUGCGUCGUCAUGCGCGGCCUGAACGAGCGCGAGAUCCUGCCUUUUGUCGAAAUGGGCCGCGAGAAGGAUAUUGAAGUGCGCUUCAUUGAAUACAUGCCGUUUGGUGGGAACAAGUGGAGCGAGAACAAGAUGAUCAGCUUCCAGGAGAUGUUGGAUAUUAUUCGGACAAAAUACCCUGGGCUGAGACCGGUUCCAGGACACAAAAACGACACGAGCAAGACGUACGAGGUCCCUGGUUUCGUAGGCAAAGUCGGCUUCAUCACGAGUAUGACGAACGACUUCUGCGGCACCUGCAAUCGCCUGCGGAUAACGAGCGACGGCAACCUCAAGGUCUGUCUACACGGCAAUGCGGAGGUGUCGUUGCGAGACGUUCUGCGCAAGGGCAACAAUGGCGAGCCCAUCGACCAGGAAGCCUUUGAGCGCAUCAAGCAGAUCGAAAUGGACAGACACGAGGGCCGGCUGAGCGACGAAACGAUCCUGGGCUGGGGCCAACGCGAGCGCGAACUUCUCGAUGUUGUUGGAGCUGCUGUGAAGCGGAAAGCGGAAAAGCAUGCUGAUCUGGAUGACCUUGCCAAUAUGGAGAAUAGGCCUAUGAUUUUAAUUGGUGGGUGAAUUUGGACUCCUUUCUCUUCUUCUCUCACGACCUUCGAGAUGUACUCCCCUUCGCCAUUGUCCGGUUUUCCUCUCACGAAAUGUCAUGGAUGGAUGUUUGAUGAUACCACGGCGAUCACUGCAUAGAUGGCGUUUUGAGCGAUGUCGUUUCUUCUGACUCUCCACUGUCGCUUGGACUUGGGUAUUUGGCUAUAUACACCAAUCAUACAUCCGAUUUUAUCCUCA